CAAACUGUUCUCAACAUAAAUGAGGAACUGAGGUGACCAGUUGUGAACAAUACUUUGCUUCCUUUCUGAUCUGAAGACAUGUCAGGCUGCUCAGUGCAGUAUGUGCGUGUUUGCUAUUGAAUAAAGUAGAGUUGUUUGUCUGGAAGCUGCUGGCCGGGUCCACAGAGCUGAACACUGAGGAGACAUGGAAGCUGUGGUUGGACUUCUGGUGAUGAUACUUGGAGUCUCUCAUGGUGUGGCAACCCACUGUGAUGGCAGACAGGACGGAGUUCAGUGUUUCGGUCCUUUGGGAGGAACUGUGGUCGUCCAGCUGAUGGACAGUGACUCAGAAAUAUCUAGAUACCAAUUGUUUUACAAUAAUAAAACAACAUUAAUCAGAGUGGGAAAUAAUGUGAUUAUAACUAAUAAUAUACAAGACGGAUCCUCAUUUAUUCCCAGUGAUAAAACAUUGACGCUCAAUAACCUGAGCAGGAAUGAUGGUGGUGAAUAUAGACUUGAAACCUUUGAUAAAGGUGGAAAGACUUUAGGAAAGCGGACUCUACAGUUGACCAUUCAAGCUCCUGUGUCCUCUGUCCUGCUGGACUCUGAGUGUCUGUCCCAGGGAGAGAAGAGGGUGUCCUGCUCCUCUGAGGGAGGGGAAAGUCCUCAGUACAGCUGGACUCUGGAUGGGCACAAACUGACAGACGCUGAGCUCCUCUCUGCAAACACUGAGACUAACAGCAUCACUCUGAAACAACACGUCUCAGGACUACUGCUCUGCUCAGUCAGCAAUGACGUCAGCAGUGUCACGACAGAAGAGAAGAUAUCUAACUGUGGAUUCAUAUACGUUAACUGCACCUUAAAUGUGACACACAUAUCACAGUGGGUGUUUGCAGCCAAUAAUACCCUGUGCAUUGAGCCAACAACAGCUCCUACCCCGACCACAGAAGCCUCCACUGCCGGUUUGGAAACCCACUGUGAUGGCAGACAGGACGGAGCUCAGUGUUUCGGUCCUUUGGGAGGAACUGUGGUCGUCCAGCUGAUGGACAGUGACUCAGAAAUAUCUAGAUACCAAUUGUUUUACAAUAAUAAAACAACAUUAAUCAGAGUGGCAAAUAAUGUGAUUAUAACUAAUAAAAUACAAGACAGAUCCUCAUUUACUCCCAGUGAUAAAACAUUGACGCUCAAUAGCCUGAGCAGGAAUGAUGGUGGUGAAUAUAGACUGGAAACCUUUGAUAACGAUGGAAAGACUUCAGGAGAGCGGACUCUACAGUUGACCAUUCAAGCUCCUGUGUCCUCUGUCCUGCUGGACUCUGAGUGUCUGUCCCAGGGAGAGAAGAGGGUGUCCUGCUCCUCUGAGGGAGGGGAAAGUCCUCAGUACAGCUGGACUCUGGAUGGGCACAAACUGACAGACGCUGAGCUCCUCUCUGCAAACACUGAGACUAACAGCAUCACUCUGAAACAACACGUCUCAGGACUACUGCUCUGCUCAGUCAGCAAUGACGUCAGCAGUGUCACGACAGAAGAGAAUAUAUCUGACUGUGGCUUCAUAUACAUUAACUGCACCUUAAAUGUGACACAAAUAUCACAGUGGGUGUUUGCAGAGACAAAUACCCUGUGCAUUGAGCCAACAACAGCUCCUACCCCGACCACAGAAGCCUCCCUGCUCAUCUGUGGUGUGCGUGCAGCUGUGGUGAUUUUUGUAUUAAUUGGGAUUUCCGUCUAUUUUGCUUGGAAGAAAAACAAAUACAAGAUGGCUGAAGGCUCCGAAGAUGGACAAUCUGCAUCUGUACUUUAACUUUGUGAAACCAACACCUCAGUGCCGCAUCUCACUGAUUGGCCGUGUGUUUUUAUGGGUGGGAAAAUAGGGUUUAGAGUGUAAAUUCUCUGCUGUUUUUAUUAUUCUUAAAUUCACUUCUGCCUACUGUGUUUACAGCUUAACAACUCACUAUGAAUUUAAAUUAAAAAAGGCCAGUGAGUGUUUUCUGCAUUUGUAUGACUGUGGGAGAUCAUAGAACGAAGGUUAUGUAUUGUAACUAUAAUUAAUGUAAUCACAAGUGGAGCCUUCUGACUCAGUCAUUUCUAUAUAAGCUACCGAUACCAUAUUCACAUAUAUGAUUAAAAUAUGUUUAACUCUUAAAGAUUGAAUUUUGUGGAUACUAGUUUUGUGUUUUUCUCUGAUAAUAAUUCCUAAUAUAGGUCUGUUUUGCUUCCAUGUUUACAACGAACGAUAAUGUAAAACCUUUUCAGCAUUUAACUUACAUUUUGUUGAUUUGUUAUGUUUUAAAAACCUGUCAAUCAUCAUGUGUCAUCUGUCAAUUUAGGUAAGCUACCCUUUUGUUGACAUUUUGAUCACGGACUGUACCUUUAAUGACUGCCGAUAUUUGAAUAAAACUUCCAGACUCAU